GAUGCUGCAGGGUGAGAAUGUGCCGGGCAGCGUCCUCAUUUUGCAGAAGGUUAUUGAAGAGCUCGGAGCAGAUGGUGAAGAUGUCUUCCACUUCUACAUUCUCUUUCUCCUCGGUUUCAUGAGCGGUCUAGCGGGCGGAAGAGGCUCCAGGUUCCUGGACAGCAAGAAUGCAGAAGGAGUGAUUUCUGGAAUUCGUAUGCUUCAGCAACUCCUCACUGGAACGCCCAGAGGUAUCUACUGGGGAUUUCUCACUGCUCGCGCACAAUCCCUUUGCCUGCCCAAAGACACGGCGGAGGACUUGGUGCUCGUCCGCAUGGCCUGCCUUGCUCGAAUUACAGAUGAGCAAAGCUACGUAAGUUUGCGAAGCAGCUGGGAUGCCUUGGGUUAUCGGGAGAGAAACAUCCUCACAGAGCACUUCCUGGCAGACGGCAUCAGCGAUAGAGCGUUCAUUUUUGAGUUCCUUCCGGCGUGUGUCGCUUGGCCUUACUCUCCUGGUACAGGGUGCCUGUGCUUCCAGUUGCCCACUAGGUAG